AUGCGCACACACGGCCCGGAGCAGCGAGAGGCGCAGAGAAGGGGAGGGCUCCAGAGACGCGGAACAUGGCACAACGGGGAGAAAGUUAGCUGUCACAUUUCAUGUCCGAAGCGAGCGUUUACGGAGAAGAUCAUUGAGGCUCGGGCCAUUUACCCCGGCGUGGAACAGCAGCGCUUGGAUGAUUACUUCCUCUGUAACGAGGAGAAGAUUUCACUGUGGAGACCGCGGAUCUUCGCUGGUAUGGCCGCCCGCCUCAGGAACCAGUGGGACCGUAACGAGGGACUGGGGCAGAACCACAAUGCGGUGAAGUUCCUGGGGCAGGAUUUUGAGUCGCUCCGAGCCCAGUGCCUCCGCAGCAGAAGCCUGUUUGAGGACAGCUACUUCCCCACGACCACCGUCUCUUUGGGCUUCAAGGAGCUGGGCCCGCAAUCCGCCAAGACCCAAGGAGUCCGCUGGAUGAGACCCACCGAGAUCUGCAGGAAUCCAGAGUUCAUCGUGGACGGAGCGACGCGCACAGACAUCUGCCAGGGAGCUCUGGGUGACUGCUGGCUCCUGGCGGCCAUCGCGUCUCUCACUCUGAACGAUGAGCUGCUGCACAGAGUGGUUCCACAUGGACAGGACUUCAGGACCCAGUACGCGGGAAUCUUCCACUUCCAGUUCUGGCAGUUCGGCGAGUGGCUGGACGUGGUGAUUGACGACCGGCUGCCUGUUAAAGACGGGAAGCUGCUGUUCGUGCACUCGGCCGAAGGCACCGAGUUCUGGAGCGCUCUGCUGGAGAAGGCCUACGCAAAGUUGAACGGCUGCUACGAGGCCCUGUCGGGGGGCAGUACCUGCGAGGGCUUUGAGGACUUCACCGGAGGCGUCACGGAGAUGUACGAGCUUUCCAAACCUCCCUCCGACCUCUACAGCAUCAUCAGCCGGGCGGUGGAGAGAGGCUCCCUGCUGGGCUGCUCCAUCGACAUCACCAGCUCCAGAGACAUGGAGGCUGUGACGUUUAAGAAGCUGGUCAAGGGGCACGCUUACUCUGUGACCGGAGUGGAUGAGGUGGUGUACAGAGGAAACAUGACCAAACUGGUGCGAAUCAGAAACCCAUGGGGAGAAGUGGAGUGGACCGGAGCCUGGAGCGACAAUUCGAGAGAGUGGGACAACGUGGACCGCUCUGUCAGAGGCCGGCUGCAAAACCGCAGUGAAGAUGGAGAAUUUUGGAUGUCUUUCAGCGACUUCUUGCGCGAGUUUAGCCGCCUGGAGAUCUGCAACCUGACGGCAGACGCUCUUCAGAACAGUCAGCUCAAAAAGUGGAGCUCCAACUUGUUCCAGGGCGAGUGGAGGAGGGGCAGCACGGCCGGGGGCUGCCGGAACUUCCCCGCAACGUUUUGGCUGAACCCGCAGUUUAAGAUCCAGCUGCAGCACCCGGACAGUCCUGGGAGCCCCGAGUGCAGCUUCGUGGCCGCCCUGAUGCAGAAGGACCGCAGGAAGAAGAGGAAAGAGGGCAAGGACAUGGAGACGAUCGGGUUCGCCGUCUACGAGAUUCCACGAGAGUACGUGGGUAAGUCGGGGGUGCACCUGAAGCGGGACUUCUUCCUCACCCACGCCUCCAGCGCCCGCUCCGAGCUCUUCAUCAACUUGAGGGAGGUGAGCUCCAGACUCAAGCUGCCGCCGGGAGAAUACAUCAUCGUCCCCUCCACCUUUGAGCCGCACACAGAGGCCGACUUUGUGCUCCGGGUUUUCUCUGAGAAACCGGCCGACAGCGAAGAAAUGGACGACGACAUUAAAGCAGAAAUCCCCACAGACAAUUAUCUCGACGAGAGCCAGAUCGACGCAGGUUUCAAGAGCUUGUUCAGGCAGCUGGCAGGACCCGACAUGGAGAUCAGCGUUACAGAACUGCAGACUAUUCUUAACAGAAUUAUCAGCAAACACAAAGACUUGAAAACAGACGGCUUCACGAAAGAGUCCUGUCGCAGUAUGAUCAACCUUAUGGACAAAGACGGCAGUGGAAAACUGGGUCUUACAGAGUUCCACGUCCUUUGGGAGAAGAUAAAACGAUACUUGACUAUUUUCAGAGAGUUUGACUGUGACAAAUCGGGCACAAUGAGCUCCUACGAAAUGAGGAAAGCCCUGGGAUCCGCAGGAUUUAACUUGAACAACCAGCUCUUCCAACUCAUCAUCCUUCGCUACACUGAGGCAGACAUGACUGUUGACUUUGAUAACUUUGUGACAUGUCUGGUCCGAUUGGAGACCAUGUACAAGACCUUCACAACAUUGGACACUGACAAAGAUAAUGUUAUACAGCUAGAUUUUGUCCAGUGGAUAAUGCUGACCAUGUUUGCGUAG